UAUUGGCACUGCUCGUGGGUGUCGGAGCUCCAGAUCCAAGUGUUCCACAACUUCAUGCACCGGACGUACUCUCUGAGGACAGACAUGAAUACUCCGCCGCCGUUCGAAGAGGGCUAUCAAGACGUGCAGACGGCUCCCAAAGAGGGCGAAGACGAGGCCGAGAAUGGAGAGCCGACUGCGGCCACAGGGAUGCGAAGGCGUCGCAACCGGUACUCCAAUAACGACGCGAAUCUCGUGGAGAAGUACUUGCGGUACGGGAUUAGACCGGAUUGGCUGCAAAUCCAUCGCAUACUCAAUCACCGGAAACAGAGGGGAAAAAUCCAUUACACGAUAAAAUGGCGCGAAUUGUCGUACGAAGAGGUGACGGUGGAGUGGGAGCCCGACCACUGCCCCUUCGAUUUACCCGACUAUCGCAAGAAAGUGGAGGACUAUUGGAAUCUUCGGGAACUCGUGGAGGAAGAGGCGAAGGCCGAGAAGAAGAGCAAAGAGAAAGAAGAUAAGCGAAAGUCGAAAGACAAGGACUCGAAGAAAAAGGGCAAUAAGAAGGUGGACCCCAAGAAGAAGUGGGAGAAACAGCCCGAUUACAUACCGGAGCCGUUAGAGCUGCACCCGUAUCAGUUGGAAGGCGUCAAUUGGUUGCGCUACUCGUGGUCCAACGGCACGGAGACUAUUCUGGCCGAUGAGAUGGGCUUAGGGAAGACCAUUCAGACGAUCGUAUUCUUGUAUUCGCUGUACAAAGAGGGUCACGUGAGGGGUCCAUUCCUCAUAACGGCGCCGCUCUCGACAAUCAUCAAUUGGGAGCGAGAGCUCGAGGACUGGGCGCCCGACUUCUAUGUCGUGAACUAUACCGGCAAUAAAGACAGCCGAGUGCGNAAUUGGGAGCGAGAGCUCGAGGACUGGGCGCCCGACUUCUAUGUCGUGAACUAUACCGGCAAUAAAGACAGCCGAGUGGUCAUCAGAGAGCAUGAGUUGAGCUUCGAUUCGGACGCCAUCAGGAGUGCCGCCAAAGCGAGUAAACUCCGCAAACACGUGAACGUCAAGUUCCACGUCUUGCUCACCUCUUAUGAGCUCAUUAACGUCGACUCAGCCCUCUUGGGGUCCAUCGACUGGAAAGUACUGGUCGUCGACGAGGCCCACCGACUGAAGAGCAAUCAGUCGCUAUUCUUCCGCACUCUCAACUCCUAUCACUCCUUCAGCAAUCAGUCGCUAUUCUUCCGCACUCUCAACUCCUAUCACGUCGACCACAAACUGCUUCUCACCGGAACUCCACUUCAGAACAAUUUGGAAGAACUCUUCAAUUUGUUGAACUUUUUAAGUCCUUCGAGAUUUGACGAUAUGGAAGGCUUUCUCAAUGAAUUCGCUGACAUCGCCAAAGAGGAACAGGUGAAGAAACUGCAUGACAUGUUAGGCCCGCAUCUGUUGCGUCGCCUUAAAGCCGAUGUACUGAAGAACAUGCCGUCGAAGAGUGAGUUCUUGGUUCGCGUCGAUUUGGCACCGCUUCAGAAAAAAUACUAUAAAUUCAUAUUAACCCGAAAUUUCGAGGCUCUGAACAUAAAGGGCGGCGGAAAACAGGUCUCCCUCUUGAAUAUUAGCAAUCAGUCGCUAUUCUUCCGCACUCUCAACUCCUAUCACGUCGACCACAAACUGCUUCUCACCGGAACUCCACUUCAGAACAAUUUGGAAGAACUCUUCAAUUUGUUGAACUUUUUAAGUCCUUCAAGAUUUGACGAUAUGGAAGGCUUUCUCAAUGAAUUCGCUGACAUCGCCAAAGAGGAACAGGUGAAGAAACUGCACGACAUGUUAGGCCCGCAUCUGUUGCGUCGCCUUAAAGCCGAUGUACUGAAGAACAUGCCGUCGAAGAGUGAGUUCUUGGUUCGCGUCGAUUUGGCACCGCUUCAGAAAAAAUACUAUAAAUUCAUAUUAACCCGAAAUUUCGAGGCUCUGAACAUAAAGGGCGGCGGAAAACAGGUCUCCCUCUUGAAUAUUGUGAUGGACUUAAAGAAGUGUUGUAAUCAUCCCUAUCUGUUCCCAACCGCCCAAACGGAAGCGCCCAAAACGAAGUACGGCUAUUACGAGGGCAGUGCUCUGGUGAAGUCCUGUGGCAAACUCGUGCUGCUGUCGAAAAUGUUGCGCAAACUGAAGAACGAAGGCCAUCGAGUGCUCAUCUUCUCGCAGAUGACACUUAUGUUGGAUUUGUUGGAAGACUUCUGCGAAUACGAGGGAUACAAAUACGAGCGAAUCGACGGCUCGAUUACCGGUUCCAUCCGUCAGGACGCCAUCGAUCGCUUCAACGCUCCCGGCGCUCAACAAUUUGUAUUCCUGUUGUCCACUCGAGCCGGCGGUUUGGGCAUCAAUUUGGCCACCGCUGACACUGUCAUCAUCUAUGACUCGGAUUGGAAUCCACACAAUGACAUACAGGCGCUGAGUAGAGCCCAUCGUAUAGGACAGGCGAACAAAGUGAUGAUCUAUCGGUUCGUCACUCGGGGUUCGGUUGAGGAGAGGAUAACACACGUGGCGAAGAAGAAGAUGAUGUUAACCCAUCUGGUGGUGAGGCCAGGCAUGGGUCAGAACAAGAACCAGGCGGCGAUGUCUAAGCAGGAGUUGGACGACAUCCUCAAGUUUGGCACCGAAGAGCUCUUCAAAGAGGAAGAGGGCAAAGAAGACACAGCCAUUCAUUACGACGACAAAGCCAUCGAUGGUCUGCUCGACAGGACUCAGGAGGGCAUCGAACAGAAGGAGAUGUGGGCCAACGAGUACUUGGGGUCAUUCAAAGUGGCCUCUUAUGUCACCAAAGAGGCCGAGGAGGUCGAAGAGGAACCCAAACCUCACGAUGAGCCCGACCCCCAAUACUGGGAGAAACUCUUGGGUCACCACUACAUCCAACACCAGGAGAACAUUCAGAGGACUCUCGGAAAAGGCAAACGAGUUCGCAAACAAGUGAACUAUAGUAUAGGCGCCGAACAAACCGAAUACGCCAACAAUGAGGGCUCGGAAUCCAGUUCUGACUAUUCUAUGCCUUCCGACUUGAGUUCAAAUGACGAAGACUUUGACGUGAAGGCAGAGGAAGGCGCGCGUGGGGUUAAGCUUAGACACAAACACAGCAGGGAGAAAAUGCCACCACUUGUGGCUCUCAUCGGUGGUAACACUGAGGUUUUGGGAUUCACAGCCAAACAUAGGAAAGCCUUUUUGGAUGUAGUGAUGCGGUUCGGUCUGCCAAAUCAGGACCAGAACAUAACUGAGUCGCAGUGGUAUAUCAGGGAUUUGAAGGGCAAGAGCGAGAAGCAUCUGCGCGCCUACACCUCUAUAUUCGUGCAACACUUGUGCGACGCCGGAGACCCGCAGUCGAAGACUUUCGAGGACGGAGUUCCCAAAGAGGGUAUUAACAUAAGCCAAGUGUUGGCCCGAAUCGGAAUGGUUUCGCUGAUUCGCAAGAAAGUGCACGAAUACGAGGGUAAACACGGAUUGGAGAGCAUUAAGAAAGAGAAAAAGAAGACACCCGUUGUCACCAUCAACGAGACCUCCAAAGACUUCGCUGAGUUUGAGGACAACAGUCAGAAUGGCGUCACUGAGAAGGCCGACAAUGAGAGCCAAAGUGCGGAACAAAAGCCUGAAAAUGAGGCGAAGAGUGAUGACAAGAAAGAAGAGGUUUCAGAGGAGAAUAAGUCUGAAGAGAAAAUGGAUGAACAGAACACCACUGAAAGCACUUCUGAUGAAACAAACGAGAAAAAAGCCGAAGAAGUAGUUGAAGAGAAGGCCGAAGCAAAUGAAACGGAAUCUCAAGAAAGCGAUAAAAAUAAGAUAAACGGAGAAGAAGUGAAAGAUGUGGAGAUGAAAGAUGCGGACGAAAGUGUAGAAAAGAGUGAAGAAAAGAGUGAAAACACUGAGAAAGAGGAUAAAAAAGAUGACGAAAACGCUGUUAAAGAAACAGAGGUUUCCGAGGAAUUGGUCGAUAAAAGUGAUAAGAAGUCUGUGGUCAGUGAACCGGAAGAGGAGGUUAUCCCUACAAAAGUGGAACUGUUUGAGUUCAAUAUAAGAGAUGGCGGACUCACUGAACUGCAAACUCUGUGGUAUUUCGAGGAACAGGAGCUGAAGCCGGGAAAAGAGCCGUCCAUUUGGAACAAAAGGCACGACUACUGGUUGUUGGCGGCACUCGUCAAACACGGAUACGAGCGCUGGAAAGACAUCGACAACGACGAGGACUUCAGUAUUUUGAGCGAACCCUUCAAGAAUACGCUGAACAUUAAGAACAAGUUUAUGGAGAGACGGCUCCGACUCCUGGAACAGGCGCUCGUCUUCGAGGAACAGUUCAGACGAACCGCACAUUUGACUCGAAUUGCAGAUAAAGACGAGAAGGAAGAGCUCGACGACGAAGAGAGUCAGGACUCGAAGAAGUCGACCGAAGAGAAGGAGACGAACGACGAGAACAAGCCGUUGAACGCAACGCUUCAUCGAUGUGUCAAUCAUUACGAAGAGCUCAUGACUGACAUGAAGAGCGAUUGCGGACGUAUUCCACAGACUGUGCAGCGAAUACCGCCGAUCGCACAGCGCCUACAGAUCUCGCAGAGGAGUUACAACCAAAUCGGACAUCAGAUUCAGAGGAGACAACAGAUGUUUCAGUGA